AAGAUGCCCAUCCUGGAAAAGGUCUCCCAAAAGAUGGCUGCAAAGCCUUCUAGCAGCGAGGAGGAGCUGGACCUACCCAAAUUGCCAGUGCCCCCACUGCAGCAAACGCUGGCCACCUACCUGCAGUGCAUGCAACACCUGGUACCCGAGGAACAGUUCAGGAAGAGCCAGGCCAUCGUGAAGCGAUUUGGGGCCCCUGGUGGCCUGGGUGAGACUCUGCAGGAAAAACUCUUGGAGAGGCAGAAGAAGACAGCUAACUGGGUAUCUGAAUACUGGCUGAACGACAUGUAUCUCAAUAACCGCCUGGCCCUGCCAGUCAACUCUAGCCCUGCUGUGAUCUUUGCUCGGCAGCCCUUCCAGGACACCAAUGACCAGCUGAGGUUUGCAGCCAACCUCAUCUCUGGUGUGCUCAGCUACAAGGCUCUGCUGGACAGCCACUCCCUCCCUACGGACUCGGCCAAGGGCCAACUCUCAGGGCAGCCCCUCUGUAUGAAGCAGUACUACAGGCUCUUCUCCUCUUACCGGCUUCCUGGCCAUACCCAGGACACACUGGUGGCCCAGAAGAGCAGCGUCAUGCCUGAGCCUGAGCACGUCAUUGUGGCCUGCCGCAACCAGUUCUUUGUCUUGGAUGUUGUCAUUAAUUUCCGCCGUCUCAGUGAGGGUGAUCUGUUCACUCAGUUGAGAAAGAUAGUCAAAAUGGCGUCCAACGAGGAUGAACGCUUGCCUCCAAUCGGCCUGCUGACUUCAGACGGGAGGAGCGAGUGGGCCAAGGCCAGGAUGGUCCUCCUAAAAGACUCCACCAACCGGGACUCCCUGGACAUGAUUGAGCGCUGCAUUUGCCUGGUGUGCCUGGAUGUUCCUGGGACUGGGGAGCUCAGUGACACUCACAGGGCACUCCAGCUCCUUCAUGGAGGAGGCUGCAGCCUGAAUGGGGCAAAUCGCUGGUACGACAAGUCCCUGCAGUUUGUGGUGGGCCAAGACGGCACCUGCGGUGUGGUGUGUGAGCACUCCCCAUUUGAUGGCAUCGUUCUGGUACAGUGCACGGAGCACCUGCUGAAACAUAUGAUGAAGAGCAACAAGAAGCUAGUCCGAGCUGACUCAGUGAGUGAGCUCCCUGCCCCCAGGAGACUGAGGUGGAAAUGUUCCCCAGAAACUCAAGGUCACCUCGCCUCCUCGGCAGAGAAACUUCAAAGAAUAGUAAAGAAUCUGGACUUCAUUGUUUAUAAGUUUGACAACUAUGGGAAAACAUUUAUUAAGAAGCAGAAAUACAGCCCUGAUGCCUUCAUCCAGGUGGCCCUCCAGCUGGCCUUCUACAGGCUGUAUCGGCGACUGGUGCCCACCUACGAGAGUGCAUCCAUUCGCCGGUUCCAGGAAGGCCGGGUGGACAACAUCAGAUCGGCCACACCAGAGGCUCUAGCUUUUGUGCAAGCCAUGACUGACCACAAGGCUGCCACGCUGGCUUUUGAGAAACUUCAGCUGCUAAAGUCAGCCAUCCAGGCCCAGACUGAGUACACAGUCAUGGCCAUAACCGGCAUGGCCAUUGACAACCACCUGCUGGCACUGAGGGAACUGGCACGGGACCUGUGCAAGGAACCACCCGAGAUGUUCAUGGAUGAAACAUACCUGAUGAGCAACCGGUUUGUCCUCUCCACCAGCCAGGUGCCCACAACCAUGGAGAUGUUCUGCUGUUAUGGCCCCGUGGUCCCCAAUGGAUAUGGAGCCUGCUACAACCCCCAGCCUGAGGCCAUCCUCUUCUGCAUCUCCAGCUUUCACAGCUGCAGAGAGACCUCUUCCGUGGAGUUUGCAGAAGCUGUGGGAGCAAGCCUUGCCGACAUGAGAGAUCUCUGCAGUGCAAGGCAGCCUGCUGAGGGCAAGCCAGCAGCGACCAAGGAACACACUAGAGACCCAAUCAAGGCAAACAAUCUCGACGCUGGCCACUAGCCCGACCUCCUGCAGGAGCCAGACCCUACCAAACCCUGCUCCCAUCCCCCAGCCCAG